AUGGCUCAGUGGAAGGGUACUGAAACGACGCCCACGCACCUCCGGGUCAUUGGAGCGGGUUUGGGGCGAACGGGCACGAGAUCUAUGAAGGAAGCACUCGAGAUGUUAGGUUUUGGGCCAUGUCAUCAUAUGGUCUCGCUCAUUGAUGAUCCCACGGGCAAACGAAUGGACAUGUUUGCUGAGGCUUACGCAGGAAAAUCUGUCGACUGGAAACAAGUCAUGGACGGGUUCGGCUCUACUGUCGAUCAUCCUACCACCGAAUUUGCGCUCGAGCUUAUUGACGCAUUUCCCAACGCUCUUGUCAUUCUCACUACGCGCGAUGAUGCUGAGAUCGGCAAAGGAGUUGGUAACUGGUACCGCAGUAACUACGGACCCAUGGGUCCCCAGAGCUACGUCAAGCAUAAUGCGAAGAUGAUCGAGAGCAUCCCGAAGGAGAAGCUGCUUGUCUUCAACGUCAAGCAAGGGUGGAAGCCGCUCUGCGAAUUCUUGGGCGUGCCCGUCCCGACCGUCCCCUUUCCGAGAAUGAACGACACUGCGGAGCUGCAGGCACGCAUACGAACGAUGCGCUUGACAGGAGUCGGGUAUUGGAUAUUGGAGCUGGGUUUGUUAGGGCUGAUGGUGCACCAAAUCAUAAGGAAGAGGUUGUGGGAUGUGUCGGUGCUGCGCCAGCUCAUGAACAUGUGA